AUGUCGAUCGCGCUGGGGAGGAGCGGCGAAGGGACGGAGUUUGGCCGGGGGAUCGCCGGCAUGGCGGCGUGGGGAUCGGCGGAGAUCGCCGCCGGGAGGAGGCUUCCGGCGGUGGCGGCGCCGCCGCGGGGGAAGGGGAAGGGGGAGGACGGGGGGGACUCGGCCUGCUGCAGCUCCUCGAUAGGGAGCAACAGCGACUGCUCUCGGAGCGACGACUCGGGGGAGCCGGAGGUUCAGAGCAGCCUGAAGGGGCCGCUCGAAACCAUGGAUGCCCUAGAGGACUCCCUGCCGAUCAGGUACCUACCUUCUCCGCCGUCCUCGCUUCGUGAUUCUUGCUGUUGGCGAAUUCUGGAAAAGUUUUCCGAAUUCGUUGGCGUCGUUGAGUGGAAUCUGGAGGGAUGGGAGGACCUCGACGGAGCAGAUGAAUGAAUGAAAAUCGAGGGGACGACGGUGGCGAUUCGUAGAAGAGGAGAGAGAUUUCUGUGUCGAAUCAAGUUGAAGGACGAAGAAUUUAUUCUGUGGUUCCUCAGUUCAUCCAUCUUGUGGACGUCGGUCUGUGGAUCGUCUUCUUCUUGAUGAAGUGAAAUCCCCUCAGCCUCACAGUGCGCCCGGUUCCUCUGCUUCUGCAGGCGAGGUAUCUCCAGGUUCUACAAUGGCAGAUCGAAGUCCCUCACAAAUCUUGUAGAGAUCUCUUUCUCGUCCUCCGCCAGGGACCUCGCGAAGCCGGAGAACGCCUACACCCGCAAGCGCAAGAACCUGCUGGGCUCCUGCAGCAGCCGUGGUGAGCGGCGCCGCCCCAGCGACACGCCGGCGAUCGCUGGAGGGAACAUUCCGAAGAGGCCGACAAAUUCCCGCCGAGCGACGAUCUCCCCCGCCGGCGGCACGAGCAGCUCCGACAGCAACAGCGUAGAGGAGGAGACGGAGCCCUCUGCACGGCUGCGCCCGCCGAGGCAUCCGAACGCGAAGAACUCCUCCCUCACCCCCUGCGAAGGCUCCCCGCCUCGGAGGUGCCAUUUCUCCGUGCGAUCCUUUUCCCUUUCCGACAUUGCAGGUUGCAAUCGCUAG